UUUUGUUUGUGUUGCGCGCGGUUCUCGUGUCGCACUCCAAUUUUAGUGCUACGACCGACUCCGACUGUUGUGUGUUGUCUCAACUGAAGAACAUAACUACUAACAAGAAAAUAUACAAAUUAAAAGCAAGCGCACAUUAACAUAACAAAUAUUCGUUAAAAAGCAAAUAAUGCGUUAGCCAAACAUUGCAAUAUACCGUUAUCGUUCAUCGUUCUACCAACAAACAACAAAAACCGGAAAAUAGAAAACAACAAAACCAAAAGCGGUGUUAACUUUCAUCGCAACGUCUUCGUUUGCUCCCUAGCCCUUGAACUUGGCACACCGUUGGAGCCGCUGGACAGCCGCUUGACGGCGGCGGCGGCGACGGCAGCCGCAUGGACCAUGCCGUCAAGGCGACGCGCGGCAGACCGCUGAACACGCUGCGCUUCGAGAACGAUGAGCUGGAAUGCCUCUAUCAGCGGUACACGCUCAAGCUGCAGCGCUUCUCGGUGCUCGGCGUCGUCGCUCUCGUCGUCGUUCUCUGCGGCGUUAUGGCCGCCCUCUCGCUGGCCUUUAACAAUGCCGCCACCUUUCAUAAUAUCUUCAACUCGAUUGUGUGCGUGCUGUUCGCCAUUGUGCUGGUGCUGCUGCAGUGCUCGGUGAUCAAGGAUCACCAUUUGCCGACGCUCUGCUAUGGCAUUCUCUUGUUCACCGCGAGCAUCUGCAUCGUAUCCAUGCCGCUGGGCAGCAACUUCCCGAUGGACACCAAGGAGGUGAUGGCCGAGGGCGUCUGGCAGAUUGUGUUUGUCGUCUUUCUCGCGUACGCGAUGAUGCCGCUGCAGAUCUGGCAGGCGGUGGCCUUUGGCAUCACACUGCCCUCGGUCCACAUCAGUCUCACCGUCUACAAGAUCUUCACGGACGCGCUGCAAUACUCGGAGAUCAAUCAAUUGAUUGCCAACAUUGUCAUCUUCAUUGGCGUCAAUGUUGCCGGCCUUGUGGUCAACAUCAUGAUGGAGCGAGCUCAGCGUCGAGCGUUUCUCGACACACGCAACUGCAUCGCCGCUCGCCUCGAGAUCCAGGAUGAGAACGAGAAGCUGGAGCGCCUUUUGCUCUCCGUGCUGCCCCAGCAUGUGGCCAUGCAGAUGAAGAAUGACAUUCUGUCGCCGGUGGCGGGCCAAUUCCAUCGCAUCUACAUUCAGAAGCACGAGAAUGUCAGCAUUCUGUUUGCCGACAUUGUUGGCUUCACCGUGCUCUCCUCUCAGUGCAGCGCCCAGGAGCUGGUGCGUCUGCUCAACGAGCUCUUCGGUCGCUUCGAUCAGCUGGCUCACGACAACCAUUGCUUGCGCAUCAAGAUAUUGGGUGACUGCUAUUAUUGUGUCUCAGGACUGCCGGAGCCACGCAAGGAUCAUGCCAAGUGUGCCGUGGAAAUGGGACUCGAUAUGAUCGAUGCCAUUGCCACCGUUGUGGAGGCCACCGAUGUGAUACUCAACAUGCGCGUGGGGAUUCACACGGGACGAGUGCUCUGCGGUGUGCUGGGCCUCCGCAAGUGGCAGUUUGAUGUGUGGUCCAAUGAUGUCACCCUGGCGAACCACAUGGAGUCGGGCGGCGAGCCGGGACGCGUGCAUGUGACGCGUGCGACACUCGACUCGCUGUCCGGGGAGUACGAGGUGGAGGCGGGUCACGGCGAUGAGCGUUCCUCGUAUCUGCGUGAUCAUGGCGUCGAUACGUUCUUCAUUGUGCCGCCGCCGCAUCGACGUAAGCCCCUUAUGCUAAACACGCUUGGUGUACGCUCGGCGAUCGGUAGUCGGCGCAAAUUAUCGUUUAGAAAUGUAUCGAAUGUGGUCAUGCAACUGCUGCACACCAUCAAGUUCUCGGAGCCGGUGCCGUUCUCCAACAUUGCCACCGGCUCGUUCCCAUCGGCGGCGGCCGCUUUAGGCGGUGGUGCGGCACGUGGCAGCAGCGCCGAUGCAACCACGGCCAGCGUUCAAGUCUCAUCGGAGAAGGGUUCGCGCAAGGUGAUACGUCUACAGAAAAUCUUGCAUGCUACCCCGCCACCGCACAGCAUGGGCUAUGGCAGCGUCGUCGGCAGCAGCAGCAGCAGCGGCGGCGUCGGCGGCACCAGCGGUGGCGGUGGUGGUAGCAGCGGUGGUGUCAAUGUCGGUCUUGGUCUCGGUCUCGGUGCCGGUGCCGGUAGUGUUGGGGGGGGCAGUGUUCAAGUGACCGUAGGCACGAGUCCCAAUUCAACAGCGAGUACGAUUAGUCGCAUACAUAGGCACAAUCACAAGAACAAUAAAUCACAGUCAAAGGUCGCGGACAAGUUCAAGCGACCCUUCCGCAAGCGUCACUCGGUGGCCGCCCAUCAUCAGCCCACAAAUCGGGUGAAUCGCUUCCUCUCGCAGGCGAUCAAUGCUCGCUCCGUGGAUUGCGACAAGUCGGAGCAUGUGGAUCGUUUGACGUUGCGCUUCCGACAAAGCGACAAGGAGCGUGAAUAUCACAAGGAUUUCGAUUUGGGCUUCACCACAGCCAUGGGUUGUUCGUUGCUCCUGCUGAUCCUUGGCGCUGCCUUGCAGGUGACUGCGCUGCCGCGCACUUUAAUCCUGUUGCUACUCUUCCUUACUGCAUUCAUUUGGGUGAGCGCCAUACUGAUGCUGUUGCUGGCCGUGCGCCUCAAGUGGAUCAUCUGGGAUAUUUCCGAGAGCUUUACGCUGCGCAUGGCCAUCACCAUAUUUACCAUCAUACUUAUCUACUCCGUGGGCCAGGUGAAUGUGUUUACUUGCGUCUCGGAUCAUCCCUGCUCGGGCAACAUGAGCACCUCGGACUUCCAGGGCCUGGACAUGGAUUUGCCAGCAUUGAUAAGCAAGCAACACGAUGCGCAUCGCAAAUGCUCGCUACCACAAUAUGUCUCCUUGUCAGCGGCCUUUGCCUUUCUCUCCGUCUCCGUGUUUCUCAGAUUACCGAUUAUAUUCAAGUCGCUGCUCGUGCUUGGCAUGGGCACCAUCUAUGGCCUGUUUAUUGAGCUGUCUCACCAAAAUAUCUUUGAAUGCUACGACACCAUUGUAAAAGCUUCCAUUCCGCUUCAUUUGAUCUCGAUGGCGCGCAUUGUCAUCUUUAUGAUUGCGAUACUGGUGCACGGACGUUUAGUGGAAGGAACAGCGCGUCUGGACUUUCUGUGGCAGCUGCAGGCGUCGCAAGAGAAGAAGGAGAUGGAUGUGCUGCAGGAGUCGAACAAGCGCAUUCUGCACAAUUUGCUGCCCGCUCAUGUGGCUGCACAUUUCCUCGAUGCACAAUUUCGCAACAACAUGGAGCUCUAUCAUCAGAGCUAUGCCAAGGUAGGCGUCAUCUUCGCCAGUGUGCCCAACUUUAAUGAGUUCUACACCGAAAUGGAUGGCUCCGAUCAGGGCCUGGAGUGUUUGCGUCUGCUGAACGAGAUCAUCGCCGACUUCGAUGAGCUGCUCAAGGAGGAUCGCUUCCGGGGCAUCGACAAGAUUAAGACCGUGGGCAGCACGUACAUGGCAGUCGUAGGUCUCAUACCCGAGUACAAGAUACAGCCCAACGAUCCCAAUUCGGUGCGUCGUCACAUGACCGCACUGGUGGAGUAUGUGAAGGCGAUGCGUCUAUCGCUGCAGGAGAUCAACAGUCACUCGUACAACAACUUUAUGCUGCGUGUCGGCAUCAACAUUGGUCCUGUGGUUGCUGGCGUGAUUGGAGCACGCAAGCCGCAGUAUGACAUCUGGGGCAACACGGUGAACGUGGCCAGCCGCAUGGACUCGACGGGUGUGCCCGGUUACUCGCAGGUGACGCAGGAGGUGGUCGACAGUCUGGUUGGAUCACACUUUGAGUUUCGUUGUCGCGGCACCAUCAAGGUGAAGGGUAAAGGCGACAUGGUCACCUAUUUCCUGUGCGACAGCAGCAGCAAUGCCCUCAACGGCGAGGUGCGCAAUGCGAUGAUCAGCAGUCGACCGGCAACGGGUGCAGCGACAGCGAACGACACAUUGAGCCAGGCUGGUGGACUGCAUCCAGCUGAGUACUAUCAGAAGGCGUCGCAGUUCCAGGAGAAUCGCCUCAACACGGACACGUACAGCAAGAAGGAUAACGGGCAUCUGUACAAUGUGGUGGGCGAGGAGCAACAGUUGCUGCUGCAGCACCAGCAUCAACAGCAACAGCAACCGCUGCCCGCGCCCCCAACCGCCGUGCAUCAUCAUCUGCAUCAGCAGCAACAGCAGCGACUCAACAGCAAGCUGCAGAAGCAGCCAUUUAUGGCGAACGGGGGAUUGCCUAACAUACGGGAGAACGGACACAAUGGGGAGAUGCAUUAUGUGCCGCCGAAUCUAACGAUGGCGCCCAUCACAGCAACAGUCACGGUUGUGGCACAGCAGCAGCAACAACAACAGCAACAAUUGCUGCAACAACAGCAGCAGCAGCAGCAACAGCAGCUCCAACUCCAGCACCAGCUCCAGAUCCAGCACCAGCUCCAGCUCCAGCACCAGAACCAGCACCAGUCCAUUCCUUCGGUAAUGUUGCGCGAAUUCAAUAUAAUUGAGAAUCCGAACACCGGUGGCCGGCAACAGCAACAGCAGACGCAGCAGCAGCACCAGCUGGAGCAAUUGUCGUCGGCACCGCGUCCCCAUGCACAUCUGCAACACCUUGGCGGCAGCCUAGAUGCUGCUGCUGCCGCUGGUGGUGGGUCAGGCGGCAUUGGGGGAAUGGCGCUGACCGGCGAUUGCUUCAUGAUGCCGCGGCGCGAUCAGCUGCGCAGCUAUGCACCGCCGGCACCGGCGAUGCCCCUUAAUAACCAGCAUGGCCAGCAUCAUCCACUGCAUCAUCAACUGUAUCACCAGCAUCAGCAUAUGAAUCAGCAUCAGACACCAUCGUCCACCAGCCUGGGCUAUGGCAACUGCCGUGAGAGCGAGCCGCUAUUGCAUGCCAGCAGCGUCGCGCCGGUAGCCAAGAUCAUGCCCAUGCAGCAUGCGCCAAAGUACGAGCCACCACGUUACACCUGUCCCAACUCCAUGUUGUCACUGCAGCAGCAACAACAGCAGCAGCAGCAGCUUGAACUGGUCCCGCAACAACACCAACAACAGCAACAACAACAACAACAACAACGUCAAUACGCACUUUACUCGCAGCAGCCGCCGCUGCCGCAAUUACCGCCAAAGCCGGCGAUGCGCAGCUAUCUGAAGCCGCUGCCCAAGCUGCCGACAGACAUUGAGGAGAGUCGCGAGAUGUCAUCGACCGAUGAUCUCAGCUCGCGACCGCAUUCGCCAUCGAUGAGCAGCUCUGAUGAAAGCUACUCGAAGACCACCGAGGGCGAAGGCGAUGCCGAUGAGGAUUCGCCACGCAUCAAUGGCGGUCACCUGCAGCGCAAUGGGAUCGGACUUGGACACGGAUUUGGGCACGGCAAUGGCAUUGCGAUGGGCUACAAUGUGCCGCAUGGGGCACGCGUGAAUCCGUUGCAAUGGCUCUAUCCCUGCGACAUACAAGUGGAUCCCACCUCGCCGGUUGUGGACAUGGCGCAGCUGCGCGACUUUGACCUCAGCUCGACGACCGAAAGCCAUGGCCAGCAGACGACCAGCAAUACGACGAGCAAUACACAGCACAAGGGCGACAGCUGCAACAGCUUUGACUAUCAGAAGACGACGACGGCAACGGCGGCGACAGCGGCUGCUAAUGGAGUGACAAAUGGAGCAGCAACAGCAGCUGCUUCUGCAACGAAGUCACCGUUUGAGCGCGAGUUGCAACGGCUGUUGAACGAAUCGUCGCGAGCCCGCUGCCUGGCAGCAGCAACCACGACAACAACGGCAGCAGCCACCAAUUCGGAGCACACCACCAGCAAUUGCAGCAGCCGGCACAACGUUGACUUGAGCUAUUCGGCCAGCAACAGCAAACUGAGCUCGAUCAAUGGCCAUGGACAGAGUCUGGGCAAUGGCCAGGCCGAAGGUGGUGGCGGUGGCUCCAGCAGCAAUGGGAAUCUCAGUGGUGGCAGCAACUCCAACAGUGGUAACAACAACAACCAUCACAAGGAUCAACAGCAGCAGCAGCAGGAGCAAGAACUGCUUGCCAUGGCGAUGCAAGUGACAAGCAAACAGCUGCCGAUGAGCAAUAGCUUCAUGAUAUCCAAGCAUCCCGUUGGCCUCGAGGCCAUCAAGGAGAUAACGCGCCACAAGAAUCCCUCAGAGUCCAGUCAAAUGCAAACAUCGGAUACGGAAUCGUGCGAGAUUCUGCACGAGAAUCGCAACCAGAUGCAUGCGCUGGCCAUGCUGGAGCUGCAUGCGGCCAAAGAGCAGCAUCAGCAGCAGCAGCAACGAUGCCAUCGUCAGCGACCGCGCUCCAAGGAACUGCAGCACAGCUAUGAGAGCUUGGACAGGCUGGAUGGGGCUCUGUCACAGCAGCAGCAAUCGCAGCAGCAGCAACAGCAGCAGUCGCAGCAACAGUCACAAAGGCCGCGUCAUCACCAUCAUCAUCAUCAUCACCAGCAGCGACAACAGCAGCAACAACAGCAGGCGCGCUACAAUCACGUGGAGCAGGAGGAACGCGAUGAUACCGAGGACAACCUGGCCGAUGAGGAGUUCGAGGAUGAUGAGGUGAGCCAUGAUGUGCGUCAGAAGCGAUUGCUGCAGAGCGAGCACAACAAGCUGAAGAACGACAAGCAACAGCAGCAUUCGCUGGUGCACAAUGUGGAACUGGAGCAGGAGCAGCAGCAGCUGGAGGAGCAGCACAGGGAGCGAGAGAGGGAUAGGGAGACAGCGCCGCUGGCCAAUGGCAGUAUGCGGCUAGAGGCGAAUGUGAUAAACGAUGAGCUGAAGUAUGGAGCACAUCAUAACCACCAGUCCAUGGACUCCAAUCCGUUGGAGAGCCAAUCGGAAUGGUCGGACGAUGAUUGCCGCGAAGAGGCCACAGGCGGCGCAGAAUCAACGGGUUACAUUACCGAUGAGCCUGGCCUGGAGAAUAUCUCGUUGUUGAACGAGGCGGGACUGACGGAUGCCGAGGGCGCCUUGUCGGAUGUCAAUUCGCUGUACAAUGCACCGGAUGUGGAUGACACCUCGGUGUCGAGUCGGGCCAGCUCGCGCCUGCUCAGUCUCGACUCGCUGAGCGGUCUCUACGAUUGUGAUCUGGACUCCAAGCAUGAGCUGGCCAUUGUGAAUGCCUCGCACAAGAUAACCAGCAAGUUUGGUCCUCCGCUAUCGCCGGCACAGCAACAGCAGCUGCCGACAGCAGCUGGAGCAGCAACAACUGGAGCAUCACAGCAACCAGCAGCGCAGUCGCCGCAACAGCAGUCACAACAGCAACAGCAACAGCAAAGUUAAGGGAAUGUACUUAAAGGAGAGAAAAGGGAGAGGAGACCCGCACUCAAACGUUGUUACUGCUAUAUGCAAAUGGUGUCUAUUAAUUUACAAUAUAACUACCACAAAAAGUUAGUUGUUAGGAACUCACAAACAUACACAGACACUCACACACACUAAUAUACAUAUACAUAUAUAUAUAAACUAUAUACAUAUAUAUUUAUGCAUUGUACAGGAAGGAAAACUGAGACGAGUUACUUUGUUCUCAAGGUUGCUUUCCAUUUCAAACUACUUAUGUAGUUUACAGCACUCUCUUUACGUAUAAGAUCAGUUUUUUUUUUCUUCGCGUGGUCUAGCCCGUUCUUAGGUAUUAUAUAUGUACAUAGUAUAUACAAAAAACACACACACAAAAUAUAUAUAUA